AUGGAAGUCGUACUUGAAGCCGAUGGGCCGGCGCUGGACCAAGUUGACCUCGACGGCGACUUACCCCAGAGCUUCGUGCCUUACGACAUGUCUGACGUAGGCGAAUUUUUGUGGCAUGCUAUUCUAAAGGCCACCAUGGACGAAGACACCUGUGUUGCAUGGUGCAUGAAGGUCGGUCUCCUACCCAACGCCGCGACAUGCCCCAAGUGUGACCUGGCCAUGUCCUUCGCGUUGAAGUCCAAGCGAUGGCGUUGCAGGCGUGCGGCGUGUGCAGGCGGCGGGAGCGUUGAGCGUGGAAUGCGGUUUGAGUCGUGGUUCAAGGUGAUUGCGGAAGAAGAAGUUGCGCGUGAGUCCGGUGUGGAUUGGUACCAGUACUGCCGCGACCUGUGUUCGGCGGAAAUGUUGCGUGCCCCGAUGCUGGUUGGCGGCGAAGGCGUAACGGUCGAAAUCGAUGAGACCUCAAUGAAGAAAAAGAGCAAAUACAACCGCGGAAGGUACUACCCUGAGCACUGGAAAUGGUUUGGCGUCAUUACAGGGGCGGACCGGACAAAACCAGCGCUGUCGCGGCUCAUCAAGAAGCACAUUGCCCCUGGAACCAACAUCAUAUCGGACAAGUUUUGCUCAUACGUGUCGGCUAUGAACGCCACAACCUGA